AUGGCGUGCUCCGCUUCCCGCCUCCAAGGGGCAAGGGUUGUCCACACCGGCCCGGCCACCAGCCUCUGCUCUUCCGACAUCUGCAGUCUGUGCGAGGUCAGCCUGCCCAGCAGCUGCCCACACAAGGUCAGCCUCCUGCAGCCCCCCUGCCGUGACACCUGUCCCCCACCCCGCUGUGUGCCUGACUCCUACGUGUCAUCCUACUGGCUGCUCAGCAAGCACAACCCCGCCCCUAGCCUGACUGGGGUCUCCGUCAUCACCUGUGUCCUGUCUUGUGAGUGUGCCCCUCCCUGCUGCUAG